AGGGUUUCUGACAAUUAGACAAAAAACCAUAUUCAAAAUCGUGAUGUAUGCACCCGCUUGUUCGUUAUCAUCAUCAUCAUCAUCUGCACUUCUUAGAGCUUCAAGGGUUCGUUGGGCAUCGACUCUCACUUCUUCAUUUUCACCAUAUCCAAUUUCGCCUUCUCUCUCUGGAACCUCGGUUUCGUCUCUUCAAUCGUCGCCUACUUCUGUGAGUUAUCGAUCGCUUAGCUUUUCUUCGGCCAUUCGAUCUCUCCGGUGCUCUGUACCCCGGUGGAGUCACGGUGUUGACUGGAGAUCGCCGGUUAGUCUUAGGGCUUCCAUCAGAGCCGCCGCUCCUGUCCUUGAACGCUUCGAGCGCAAGAUCGCAACUAUGGCUCCUGAACAUCAUUUCAAUGGAAUCCUAAUGGGUCUUCCCAAGCCUGGAGGUGGCGAGUUUGGAAAAUUUUACAGCCUUCCCGCUCUAAAUGAUCCAAGAGUUGAAAAGCUGCCGUACUCCAUCAGGAUACUUUUGGAAUCUGCAAUUCGUAAUUGUGACAACUUCCAAGUUACUAAGGCAGAUGUUGAGAAGAUCAUUGAUUGGGAAAAUACUUCACCAAAGCAAGUUGAAAUUCCCUUUAAGCCUGCUCGUGUUCUUUUACAGGAUUUUACUGGAGUUCCAGCUGUGGUUGACCUUGCUUCUAUGCGGGAUGCUAUGAACAAUCUUGGCAGUGACUCCAACAAGAUCAAUCCAUUGGUUCCUGUGGACCUUGUCAUUGAUCAUUCGGUACAGGUCGAUGUGGCAAGAUCCGAAAAUGCAGUGCAGGCAAACAUGGACCUUGAAUUCCAGAGAAACUACGAGAGGUUUGCUUUUCUUAAAUGGGGAUCGACUGCCUUCUGCAAUAUGCUUGUCGUGCCUCCUGGUUCUGGUAUUGUCCACCAGGUUAAUCUGGAAUACCUUGGACGGGUUGUUUUCAACACUGAUGGCAUACUUUACCCUGAUAGUGUGGUCGGAACUGAUUCUCAUACAACCAUGAUUGAUGGGUUAGGAGUUGCUGGCUGGGGUGUUGGAGGAAUUGAAGCAGAGGCAACAAUGCUUGGCCAGCCUAUGAGCAUGGUUCUUCCUGGUGUUGUUGGGUUCAAGUUAUCUGGAAAAUUGCUCAACGGUGUCUCGGCUACAGACCUGGUUCUAACUGUGACCCAAAUGUUGAGGAAGCAUGGUGUUGUUGGCAAGUUCGUUGAGUUCUAUGGUGAGGGCAUGGGUGAAUUAUCAUUGGCUGAUAGGGCAACUAUUGCAAAUAUGUCCCCCGAGUAUGGAGCAACCAUGGGCUUCUUCCCUGUGGAUCACGUCACAUUACAGUACCUUAAACUUACCGGAAGAAGUGAUGAGACGGUGGCAAUGAUUGAAGCAUAUUUGCGUGCAAAUAAAAUGUUUAUUGACUACAAUGAGCCUCAACAAGAAAGAGUGUACUCAUCUUACCUGGAAUUAGACCUAGCUGAUGUUGAACCCUGUGUCUCGGGACCAAAACGGCCUCAUGACCGAGUUCUUUUGAAAGAUAUGAAGUCUGACUGGCAUUCAUGCCUUGAUAACAAAGUUGGAUUCAAGGGCUUUGCUGUACCAAAGGAGGCUCAGGACAAAGUUGUAAAAUUUUCAUUUCAUGGACAGUCUGCAGAGCUCAAGCAUGGUAGCGUUGUCAUAGCAGCAAUAACAAGCUGCACAAACACAUCGAACCCCAGUGUCAUGCUUGGAGCUGGUCUUGUAGCUAAGAAGGCCUGUGAAUUAGGAUUGGAGGUUAAACCAUGGGUAAAGACAAGCCUUGCCCCAGGUUCUGGGGUUGUUACUAAAUAUUUGCUUCAGAGUGGGCUGCAAAAGUACUUGAAUCAGCAGGGCUUUCACAUUGUUGGCUAUGGCUGCACAACAUGCAUUGGAAAUUCUGGGGACCUUGAUGAAUCGGUUGCUUCUGCAAUUACGGACAAUGAUCUUGUUGCUGCUGCGGUGCUUUCUGGAAACCGGAAUUUUGAAGGUCGCGUACAUCCCUUUACAAGAGCUAACUAUCUUGCUUCACCUCCGUUAGUCAUGGCGUAUGCGCUUGCUGGCACGGUUGACAUUGAUUUUGAAACUGAGCCAAUUGGAAUUGGGAAGGAUGGCAAGAGUGUAUACUUCAAGGAUAUAUGGCCAAGUAAUGAAGAGAUUGCAGAGGUUGUUCAAUCAAGUGUGCUGCCCGAAAUGUUCAAGAGCACAUAUGAAGCUAUCACAAAGGGCAAUCCAAUGUGGAAUCAGCUUUCAGUCCCUUCUUCCAGUCUUUAUGCUUGGGACUCUAACUCAACUUACAUUCAUCAACCCCCAUAUUUCAAGGACAUGACCAUGGACCCCCCAGGUCCUCAUGGAGUUACAGACGCCUACUGUUUGCUGAACUUUGGUGACAGUAUUACCACUGAUCAUAUUUCCCCAGCAGGGAGUAUCCACAGGGACAGCCCUGCUGCAAAGUUCCUCCUUGAGCGUGGGGUAGAUCGCAAGGACUUCAACUCUUAUGGUAGCCGUCGUGGCAAUGAUGAAGUGAUGGCUAGGGGUACCUUUGCCAACAUUCGCAUUGUCAACAAGCUCUUGAAAGGAGAAGUGGGCCCAAAGACCAUUCACAUUCCAACAGGGGAGAAACUUUCUGUGUUUGAUGCAGCAAUGAGGUACAAGGCUGCCGGGCAGGACACAAUUGUUCUGGCUGGAGCAGAAUAUGGAAGUGGAAGUUCUCGAGAUUGGGCUGCCAAGGGCCCAAUGCUACAGGGAGUAAAAGCAGUGAUUGCCAAAAGUUUUGAGAGAAUUCAUCGCAGUAACCUGGUUGGGAUGGGCAUUAUUCCACUUUGUUUCAAACCCGGUGAGGAUGCAGACUCACUAGGCUUGACAGGCCACGAGCGCUACACAAUAGACCUCCCCAGCAAUGUCAGUGAGAUAAGGCCUGGCCAAGAUGUUAAUGUUACAACUGACAAUGGCAAAUCUUUUACCUGUAUAGCCCGCUUUGACACAGAGGUUGAGUUGGCAUAUUUUGAUCAUGGUGGCAUUCUUCCUUAUGUCAUUCGGAACCUGAUUAAACAGUGAGUGAAGGAGCUUUGGCUGAAUGAUUUCUUCAUCUCUUGGGUAUCCAUUGAGAUGUUUUUUGCCGGAAACAAUGUGUUACCAUAGAAACACUAAAUUAUGAUUGCUUGCAAAGGUUUCUUCCCUUUCUGUUCUGCAGUCCAGGAUCGAUAAUAACAGGAGAGUAGCACAUUUCUCUCUGCCUCAGAAUCCCUUGUUCAUUGGGAUGAAGAGUGUUUCAAUUUCAUGUAGCUCUUGCUUGGUUUGUUGGCAUAAAAGGUUGAAUUCCAAGUGAUUACUUCUCUGCAUAGUCAAUUUCUCAAUUUUGUGAUGGUGGUGAUGUUUUUGAGUUUUCUGGUCGCUUCAUUUGAUGUCAAUGUUUUUAUGCUUCUAUGUACGCAAUUUAUUUUAUGUUUGUAGCAGUAACAUGAUGGAACGGCUGCACUCCGCCAGAACAUAUAUGAAAGUUGGGGCCAGUCGCUCUUUGUGAUUUUGCGCAGGCCCGGGACAGCUUGGACAUGCUAUGUUCCAUGGUUAUGUCUUCUCCAGCCCCGAAUGCCCUUGGUAUUUUCAUUCAUGAUAUGCAGCGGUGAAUAGGACCAGAUCCCUCCUUAUAGGCCUGUUUGCAGAUGAAACGUUGGACUCUCAGUGUGUGUGAAUGUGUGUAGGUGUGCCCGCGGUUCUGGGGGAGAGAGAGAGAGACUCUGAUGGGGUUUGCUAGAAGGAGAUACAAAUGGAGCUUCCACAAUGAUGUAUCUAUGCUCUCAGUAGCCUUUCCCUUCGUUCAUCAACGGGAGUGGGUGCGUCCAUAUUCUUGAUAGGAGGAAGGGGAUAAACAAGUCUACCGAGGAAAAAAUAUUGGGUGUAAUCGUGACAUUACGUCAGUAUUGUUAUGAUGUGGUGUAAUUAUUCAGUAAUAGGUAAACAAAUCAGCAAGUGAGUUUCAUUAAAACUCAUAAUUAUUUGUUGUCAUAACGCGGAGUAAUCGUUCAUUAAUAGGUAAACAAGUUAACAAGUGAGUUUAAUUAAAAUUCAUAACCAUUCAGUCAUGUAAUAUAUGA